CAAAAAAAAAAAAAAAGAACGAAAAGGAGAAGUCGAACUCUCAAAGGGUUACUAUGCAAUUGCGACUGAUUUCUUGGUUUUUUAUCACUUUGAACUUUCUGGAAUACAUUGGCAGCCAGCACGCCUCCAGGGUACGGCGACAGGGAAGAAUGCAUCCUAACGUGAGCCAGGGUUGCCAAGGAGGCUGUGCCACGUGCUCUGACUACAAUGGAUGCCUGUCAUGCAAGCCCAGGCUCUUCUUUGUUCUGGAGAGGAUUGGCAUGAAACAGAUUGGAGUGUGUCUGUCCUCGUGUCCGAGCGGCUACUACGGAACACGCUAUCCUGACAUUAACAAGUGUGCAAAAUGCAAAGCUGACUGUGAUACCUGCUUCACCAGAAACUUCUGCACAAAGUGUAAAAGUGGCUUUUACUUAUACAGUGGGAAGUGCCUUGAGAAGUGCCCCGAGGGGCUGGAAGCCAACAAUCACACCAUGGAGUGCACCAGCAUCGUGCACUGUGAAGCCAGUGAGUGGAGUCCAUGGAGCCCUUGCACAAAGAGAGGCAAAACCUGUGGUUUCAGAAAAGGAAAUGAAGUAAGGUUCAGAGAGAUCCUACAGCAUCCGUCAGCAAGGGGCAACCCCUGCCCAGCCACAAGCGAAAGCAGAAAAUGUAUUGUACAGAGAAAGAAGUGUCAGAAGGAAGGAAAAGGUACCCCCUUAUCAUCAUCAUCAUCAUCAUCAUCAUCAUCAUCAUCAUCAUCAUCUGAGAUUGGGAAGAAAAAUAAGGAGGAGAAAAGAAAAAACUCCAACAAAGAGGAAAACAAGGAGCCAAGACAGGAAAGCAAAGGGCGAGCAGCCCGAAGACAGACCCAGGAGCAGAGGGAAAACAACAACAACAAAACGCAGCCGAAGAAAAGAAAAGCCCCAAACAAAGAGGAGAAUCUGGCACCCAUCGACACUGCACAUUAAGAGCCCUCUGUGAUUGUUGAAGUCUUAUGAUGCUGCUAUCUCCACCAGAUCGCCCUGACAGGUGCUCCAAGCCUUCAGGCCACCACCCAUGGACAAUGCUACCAGUUAUUAGCGAACAAACAACAUUCCAACUGCUUCCUGUAUGCUCCGAGCAACCACAGCUUCAUCCGAGAGAUUGACAACCAGCCAAGAGGAGAAGAACCAACCAACCAACCUGGAAAUAAAGACCAAGGAAAGAGAAAUCUAAGGGGGAAAGGGGGGGAAAAAAAAUGGGCUACUUUUAAAACUGUUCUAUUCUAUGCUUCCAUGCAUCUGUAAGAGGCAAUUAAGACAUUUUCUUUCUGUAUAUAUUAAUAAUAGGGUAUAAAAUAUAGCAAUAUAAUAAUGAGUGACAUUCAGAUGAACCUGGGUCUGUGGCUAUGUAAAAUAUUCUCCAAGGGAUUGUUUGAAGUAUGAGGCAAGAGGUUAUGGCUAAAGCUGAGACACCAAUCCUAUCCCUUCAUAUAGUGUACAUAAAUACUCAGAGAAAGGAGGAAAGGGAAAAAUAAACCACAACCAAACAACAAAACAACAACUGCAAAAUGCUUCUGAAGAUGCCAGUAGGGACCUCAGGUUCUUAUAGCCCCCUGGUGGAACAGGAUGGGGUCACCUCCAUGGUUCCCUGAACCACGCUCCACGUGUGGGUGAGAAACAGCAGGGGAAAGGCAGCGAGGCUUCGCCAGCUGAGGGAGAAGCAGCAGAGGCAGCCACAGCUUUGAAGGCUGAAUCCCUGAGGGAGAAGGCAAAGGGGGCAGAACUUGAAGGCUGAACCCCUGAGGGAGCAGGCAAAGGGAGCAGAGCUUGAAGACUGCAUCCCUGAGGGAGAAGGAAAAAGGUGCAGUGCUUGAAGACUGCAUCCCUGAGAGAGAAGGCAAAGGGAGCAGAGCUUGAAGACUGCAUCCCUGAGAGAGAAGGCAAAGGGAGCAGAGCUUGAAGACUGCAUCCCUGAGGGAGAAGGCAAAGGGGGCAGAGCUUGAAGGCUGCAUCCCUGAGAGAGAAGGCAAAGGGAGCAGAACUUGAAGACUGCAUCCCUGAGGGAGCAGGCAAAGGGAGCAGAGCUUGAAGACUGCAUCCCUGAGGGAGAAGACAAAGGGAGGAGAGCUUGAAGACCGCAUCCCUGAGGGAGCAGGCAAAGGGAGCAGAGCUUGAAGACUGCAUCCCUGAGGGAGAAGGCAAAGGGGGCAGAGCUUGAAGACUGCAUCCCUGAGGGAGCAGGCAAAGGGAGCAGAGCUUGAAGACUGCAUCCCUGAGGGAGAAGGCAAAGGGAGGAGAGCUUGAAGACCGCAUCCCUGAGGGAGCAGGCAAAGGGAGCAGAGCUUGAAGACUGCAUCCCUGAGGGAGAAGGCAAAGGGGGCAGAGCUUGAAGGCUGCAUCCCUGAGGGAGCAGGCAAAGGGAGCAGAGCUUGAAGACUGCAUCCCUGAGGGAGAAGACAAAGGGAGGAGAGCUUGAAGACCGCAUCCCUGAGGGAGCAGGCAAAGGGAGCAGAGCUUGAAGACUGCAUCCCUGAGGGAGAAGGCAAAGGGGGCAGAGCUUGAAGGCUGCAUCCCUGAGGGAGCAGGCAAAGGGAGCAGAGCUUGAAGACUGCAUCCCUGAGGGAGAAGGCAAAGGGAGGAGAGCUUGAAGGCUGAACCCCUGAGGGAGCAGACAAAGGGAGCAGAACUUGAAGACUGCAUCCCUGAGGGAGCAGGCAAAGGGAGCAGAGCUUGAAGACUGCAUCCCUGAGGGAGAAGGAAAAAGGUGCAGUGCUUGAAGACUGCAUCCCUGAGAGAGAAGGCAAAGGGAGCAGAGCUUGAAGACUGCAUCCCUGAGGGAGCAGGCAAAGGGAGCAGAGCUUGAAGACUGCAUCCCUGAGGGAGAAGGCAAAGGGAGGAGAGUUUGAAGGCUGCAUCCCUGAGGAAGUAGGCAAAGGGAGCAGAGCUUGAAGACUGCAUCCCUGAGGGAGCAGGCAAAGGGAGCAGAGUUUGAAGGCUGCAUCCCUGAGGGUGAAGGCAAAGGGAGCAGAGCUUGGAUAGUGCUUUUUAUCUGUGGGACAAGACAAUGUUUCCUGGUCUAAUCAGUGACACUGUGUGUGCUGUUUUAUGCUUUUUAUACCUAUGUGUAACUUAAGUCUACCUUUCAAACCUUCUGGUGAAUGACAAAUUGUAUUUGUAGGAGACAAUGUUGAGUUAAUAAAAAGCCAGAAAAGUA